AGGACGUGAAAAUCUGAGAAAUGAACAAAUUACGGCAAAGCUUUAGGAGAAAGAAAGAUGUCUAUGUCCCAGAGGCCAGCAGGCCUCAUCAGUGGCAGACUGAUGAAGAAGGCGUUCGUACUGGCAAGUGUAGCUUUCCUGUUAAGUACUUGGGACACGUUGAAGUGGACGAAUCCAGAGGAAUGCAUAUCUGUGAAGAUGCUGUGAAGAGGCUGAAAUCUUGACUUAAUUCACCAUUAUUAUACAAAAUAUUACUUGUUUUAGGAUGCUUUUUUUUCUAAUGCACUGCAACAUUGUAGUCAUGCAUGAAAUAAUCUGGCUUGCAUCUGCUCAAAGUGGCCUGAAGGCUGCCUAAUUCUGAUAUGUCAUGAAAUGGGCUGCUCUUAGUUUGGCUUCUGUGAACGUUUGCUCCUGUAAAUGGCACUCGUUCAAAGCUCUUUGUAUUUCUGUGGCUCAUUUGAAGAGGUCUUGUCAUCUCUUUCCUGCAGUAAUAAUGCCGCAAAAUCCUGCGGAAAUAGCAAACUCCAGAAAGGCAACGAUCAGUCUGUCUAGGAGCUGAGGCUUUAAUACCAUUGAAAAGAACAGGAGAAAGGACAUGAAAAAUUUGAAUUUUUAAUAGAGAACUGCAGUGCUUGUCAUCACCUCUCUUGUAUGUUUUAUCUAUAUACAUUCUUUCAGUAUGUGUUCAGUGGAAGAAACCCUAGAAUCCUUGCAGCUCAACAAAAUCUGUCAAACAGGUCCAUCAAACCCUCCUACUGCACUUUUACUGAUUUAAAAUACGUGCCCCUGGACAUCCUUUUUCUUUCCUCACCAAGUCUGAGAACACAAAAACCUUCCAUCUGAACCUGUUUUUCCCUUCUUCCUAGCACACAGCAGAGGAUUAUAGGUUAUCUUUUCUGCCUUCUGUUGUGCUGCAAAGUUUGUGAAUUGGUUUAGUGCUCUGAUGAAAAUCAAGUCUUUUCAUUCUUUUCUUUCUCAGCUAAUGUAUAGUAACCUGUUAAAGCCACAUCCCAUCUGUUCCCAUUCAGUCUGCAGUGAUUAGUGAUUGAUUUUUAUUAAAAAGGGCCACACAAAAUAUAAAUGAGUUUCUUUGUUUUGUGGAUUUAGUUUACAUACCAAAAAUUGCAAGUACUGACCACAUAAUCAAUUGCAUCCGUUUUUGUCUCUCUCUGAUUUUUAUUCUCCCUGAAUACUUUCUGUUAGCACACCAAAUAGCACUGCAGUAUCUACUUUGUGCAAUUUCUUUCAUUCUCUUCCCUGGGGAGCUAUGCCCUGAAGGAGCUGUUCUCUAGUUUAUAAAAAUCUUACAAGUCCAUGAGCCAGCUGAGUGUAGCUGAGCUUAUAAUUAAUGAGAUACAGUAGAAGCAUAGCACUCAGUUUCUUCUGGAAUCUGGAUUUUUAGGAUUGUGAUUCUUGAUCACAUGAAUUAUUGAUUCAAACGUCAGACUUGGAUAUCUAAUUUUUACAGGUUUUUUUCAGUAUUUUCUGAAAGUAAAUAUUUAAAUUUCCCUAAUCCAUGUUAUGUCAUUAUUCCAAAUUUGGAUGGCAUGAAUUUAUCCAUUGUCUUAAAUUAACAUUUUUCUUCAGAUAAUUUUAAUUUUUUUCUGCUGUUUGAUGUCUAUGUGUACACCAGAUACAAGUUUGCAUCUCUUACAAUUGCUAUUUGUCUCCUUUGUCAGUGUUGGAAGCUGAGAAGUAGAGGUGAAAUUCUCUUUGUGCCCCAAGAGGAAGAUUCAGAUUACUGAAAUUACUUUGUGUGCUUUGGUUGCUGGACUCUAUCAGAUCCAAGGUCCAUUUGGAGCUGCUGCCUGCUAUUCAAGCCUUGUCCCUCACCCCCAGCAUGUGGGUUUUAAACCAGGGGCAUUUCUUUAGGACAUCACCAUUAUUGAAAGCUCUGUUCUGUUCAGGACACUCUUAAUUUAGCAGAAGCCAAACACUGGGUGAUAUUUCAGCAUGUGAGGAACGUGAUCAGAAAACAGUUCAUUCUUCUGGUAGUCCCUUGAUUUCAUAUUACUUAGUUAUUUUGAUGGGCUUUCUCUUGGUUUCGAAAGAAUUACAAGUUUGAGCUGCAGUGCUUAAACUGAAGGACUAACUUAAGGGAAAUUGGACUUCACUUUUAAUGUGAUUAAAUGACAUUGAAGUGUAUGUGGGCUAUUUUAAGCUUUAUUCUCUGCAGGUAAGGUGUGGUUUUAUAAAUCUGGUUAAUAAAAAUUAGAAUUGUUGAAAUAUUCAUAUCCUGUAGCUUCCAAAAAUUAAGUUCUGUCUGUCUUUUCUUAUUCUAACAGAUACAUUUUUGACUCUUAAUUCUUGCUGUACAACAGUUGGUAAUUCAUUUGGGGAACUGAAGACUGUUCUUUUAUAGGACUGACUACUGGGUUUUAAAAGAUUUUUUGGGAUUUGCUAAGAAGAAUAUAGAACAGCAUUAAUCUUGAGUUUAGGACUAAUUUAAGUACUGCUUUGCCUUUUGAAAGAAAAGAUGCAGACAGAUAUCUCUGUUUCUUUAUUGUGGGAAGUAACCUUUCAGAGAUUUUUUUAUUACCUGCUCCUUUAAUGGGUGUUUUUGUUUUUGAGUGCUGCAUAUUGCAGAAGUGAUGCUACCUACAGUAAUAGCGCUCGACUUGUCCCCCCUGUUCCUCCAGGAAAGGAAGUUCUUCAAAGGCUUCUUUGGAAAAUCUGGGAAGAAAGCCGUCAAAGCUGUCCUGUGGGUUUCGGCGGAUGGACUCAGAGUUGUAGAUGAGAAAACAAAGGAUCUUAUAGUUGAUCAGACAAUAGAGAAGGUUUCUUUCUGCGCACCAGACAGGAACUUUGACCGGGCGUUCUCAUACAUCUGCCGAGAUGGCACAACGAGACGCUGGAUCUGCCACUGUUUUAUGGCUGUGAAGGACACGGGGGAAAGGUUGAGUCACGCCGUGGGCUGUGCAUUUGCAGCAUGCCUGGAGCGAAAGCAGAAGCGAGAGAAGGAGUGUGGAGUGACUGCCACCUUUGAUGCCAGCAGAACCACAUUCACUAGAGAGGGGUCAUUCAGGGUCACUACAGCUACUGAACAAGCAGAGAGAGAGGAAAUUAUGAGACAGAUGCCGGAUGCUAAAGCAGUUGAAACAGAAGUGAAAACAGUAGCACCAGGUGCUGCACCAAACAAUACUGCCCCCUCUUCUGGCUCACCAACCUCUCCUACUGCUGAAGUUGCUGCCUCUCUGGAUAAAGAAAUGAGCAACCCCCACGCUAUCCCACGGCGGCACGCCCCUAUAGAGCAGCUUGCCAGGCAAGGGUCUUUCAGGGGCUUCCCUGCCCUGAGCCAAAAGAUGUCUCCUUUUAAACGCCAGUUGUCUUUGCGAAUAAAUGAGCUGCCUUCAACAGUGCAAAGGAAGACUGAUUUCCCCAUGAAAAACUCAGUCCCAGAGGUAGAAGGGGAAACAGACAGCAUUAGUGCCCUGUGCUCUCAGAUCACCAGUGCUUUCAGCACGCCAUCAGAAGAUCCUUUCUCUUCGGCCCCCAUGACAAAACCAGUGACAGUAGUUGCACCACAGUCUCCUGCCUUUCAAGUUAAUGGCACUGCCUCUGCCUUCUGUGUGCUUGCUGCUAAACCAUCCCAAGCUGCUGUAGUGUCCACAGCUAUGCCAGUUCGUGAAACCAAUCCUUGGGCUCAUGCUCCUGCUGCUAAUACUGGAGCUGCAGCCAUGGUCGCUGGCACUGAAUGGAGCAGCACCUCCUCAGGUGCAGCCUCACCAAGUCUCUUCCAAGGAAAUCACAGACGUACUCCCUCAGAAGCAGACCGCUGGUUGGAAGAGGUCUCAAAGACUGUCAGAGCCCAACAGCAGCCAACCUCAGCCCCACAACCCCAGCCACUGCUCCAGCCUCCUCCAGCAGCUCCAGCCUCCCAGUCAGCACCAACCUUCCCAGUCAGCACCUUCAUCGCGCCUCAGCCUGUGCCGGUGGGCGUGGUACCGCCCAUGCAGCCGCCAUUUAUUCCAGCUCAGCCCUAUGCUGUAGCAAACGGGAUGACCUAUGCAGCCCCAAGCGUCCCUGUGGUCGGGAUCACACCUUCCCAGAUGGUGGCCAACGUCUUUGGUACCGCCAGCCACACUCCAGCGGCCCACCCGCAUCAGUCGCCCAGCCUGGUGAAGCAGCAGCCGGUCCCUCAGUACGACAGCAGCAGCAGCAGCGCCACUGCCAGCCCCUUCUUCCACCCGCCCGCGCAGCACAACGGCUCCGCCGCCUUCAACGGCGUGGAGGGGGGCAAAUGGGCCGCCGAGGACAAGCAUCCGCAGCCCCCCGCGCCCGCCCCGCAGGUCGACCCCUUCGAGGCGCAGUGGGCGGCUCUGGAGGGCAAGGCAAAGCAGCGCACCAACCCCUCCCCCACCAACCCCUUCUCCAGCGACCUGCAGAAGACAUUCGAGAUCGAACUCUAAGCGCUGCUGUGGGGGCGGAUAAAUUGUACAUUAGGAUAGAGGGAUAAAGGGAGCAGAGGGGACUGUUUCUGAUCGGUUUGCUUUGAUAAUCCCAAAGGUCCCUUCAGACAAAAAUGGGUUAGAAAGAGGGAGCGAUUACGGGGAGGAUGGAAACACACGGAGAAUUUAAUGUGCAGUUCUUAAAAGGAAUCCUGGAGCCACCCCAGUCUGCAUUCCCUCCUCUCUCGGAAAGCUGCAAGUCAAAUGGAGCAACAAAAAGCACCCAGUCCCAAAGCCUGUUCUGCAGAAACAUCAAUCAUCUCACAGAAAGGAAGGCAGAUGUUUGUACCUGUGUCCUCCUGAUACCCUGCAAGCCCUGGAUGUUCCCCCUCAGGGAAAAAUUGGGUAGGGUGGGGGGUGGAUAUGGGUGGGACGUUGUCACCUUAGCAAAAAGCUAGGUUUGUGGAAAAAGUUGAGCUUCCAUUUUGAGUAACAAAGUGAAUAUUAUAUGUAAAGAAUAAAGUAAAGCCAAAAUCUUUAUUUUUAUGCAUUUAGAAUAUUUUAAAUAGUUGGAUAUUAAAAGCUGUAUGAGUUGUAAGUAAUCUUGCCAAAGGUUAAAAAAAAAGGGGCUUGGAUGUAAGAAAUUGUACAUAAGAUUGAUUUAUCGCUGAUUCUUAUAGUAAGUAAUAUUGGGGGGGUGGAAAAAGGGGCUCUAGCUUGUUCUUGUAUCUGUUCAUUGUAAGUAGCAUAUUGCAACAACAAUCACAACCAAUAAGUCAUUAUAUCGUAGUUUUAAAUAAAGAAAAUUAAAGAACAGUAUUGUCAUGGUUUGAAAACCAUGGGGAAAAUUUACUGUUUUUUAUUGGAAUCAAUCUACAUAUUCUAUAUAGUAUGGAUUUUCUUUUCCUUUCAUAUAUUGCUGCAGUUUCUUUGUCUUAAUCUAUUGGUUCUAACACUACUGUGACAACUUACUGUCAUCAUAUCUACAUCCCGGGGCUGCCUGGGAAACCAUUUUAUGUUUGUCUGUCAAUAGUUCUUAGAGGUUUUUAACUUUGGUUUUAUUUUUUCCCACUGAUUUGUGAAACCUUGUGGUUAAGGCUGCAGCUGGUCCAGGUUCUGCCUCUGGUGACUUGUGAAAACCAUCUCAUUUUAACUUUACUUUUAAACUUUGGCCUUACAAGCAAAUGUAAGUUAUAUAUAUUUGUACUGAUGAUUUAUAAUCUGCUUUAACAGAAAUAAAUGUUGGUGGUAGAA